AACAAUUUACAAGUUAAACCAUUUACACCCAACAUGAGACGAAAUCUACUAAGUAUAACGCUUGUUUGCCUCGUGGUUUUUAUAGACGCCAAAUUAGAUGUUGUUGAUGUGUCUAUUAAAAACCAACCUGGAAAUUUGAUUUCCACCAAUGUACGCGCAUCUGGUCGUGCCCCAAAAUUAAUUUCAGGUAAUGUUACAUAUCUGAAGGAUCUAUCUAAUGAAGAACGCGUGUCGGUGGAUGUCAAGAAGACUAGCGGACUAGUGCUGGACUUUCCGGGAUUCAUAAAUAUGAACAUCUGCGACGCUAUCAAGAAAUUCUUUGAUCCUUAUAUCAAAACUACGUUUAAGACGGGCGAGAACACCAACUUGGAUUUUAAGAAUGGAAAGCUGUGCCCCAUCCCAAAAGGUACUUACUGGAUGAAGAACAUCGCGCUGGACGUUAAUAAGUGGAAGUUACCUUGGUGGCUGCUUCCUGGUUCCUACAGUGUUAAUGUUUCGGUCUUAAAUAAGGACGGAUCACCUGGCGGUAGUAUUGCCUUCCGAGCUAAGCUUAAAAAUAAAUACACAGAAAAAAAAAUUGAUAUGAUAUGAUGGUCAAUUUGAUGAAAUCCAGUAUCAAUUUGGCCUUGAUACGGCACAUAUCAAUUUGAUAUGUUCGAAAUGGUAAAAACGAUAUUUCGGUAAUAUCAUUUUUACAUUAGGCGGUAUCAAUUUUUU